AUGGCGUUGGCACUUGGCUCCUCAAAUUCGUUUAUCAAUGUAAAAGAUAAUCAAGGUUUAAAAUAUCGCCACGAUUUUUCUAGCAUGGUAAGUUUUGCUCAAACUAAGCCGUGGUCGUGCCAGCUCCAUGCAAAGAAUUCAAUGCAUGAACCGACUCGAUUUUCAUUGUUACAAGGAAGUGAAAAUGAGAAAAGAGAGAAACUUCAUGAGCUAGUAGCCCCUCAUAGCCAUCAUGGUUUGAGAGUACCGGUUUUUGUCAUGCUACCACUUGAUACCAUAUCAAGUAUUAGGGGGAAUUUGAACAAAGCGAGGGCGGCGUAUGCUAGCUUAUUCAAGUUGAAAAAUGCAGGAGUCGAGGGAGUCAUGGUUGACACGUGGUGGGGAUAG